AUGGCUACCGCCCCCGACUACAAGAACAUCCCCCACUCCCACCGGCUGCCCGUAAACCACCGCGAAGUCCAGCGAACCUUCACCAAGCUCUCCCGCCAGUCCCUCGUAUCGCUCGCGCUGCAAUGGCUCAGCAAGAAGAACCGCGACUUCUGCAAGCCAUACCUCCUCGGCGAUCGGAUACAGGAUGAGGAUGAGGAGGAGAUAUACGAGCCGGCGCAAAGCUAUGAGGUGCUCCAGGAGACGUACAAGCAGCUUGCCGCGCGCAAAGGUGGCAGGAGGGAGCUGCUCGACCGCAUACUCGAGGGAGACUGGCGACACGGCAUAUCCAUGUACCAGCUGGCAACGGCUGAGAUCCAGUACCUCCUCGACCAUCCAAAUGCCUUGCGCUGGACAGCCAAGCGUCUUACUAAAAUACCGAAUGCGCGAUCACCAAUAACGGACAUGGAAGUCACAAACGAUUCAGACCACCUCCCACGCUUCCAGGCGCAAACCUUCAUGUCCAAUCUUGCAAGAGAAUUGACGCCACUGAUGAAGGCGCAUUACCUGAUGACACGGAUAAAAACAUCGCCCAUGACCAUACUACGCGUCUACAUACACGAUUCGCCCUACAGCAACGAGGCAUCGCUGACCGUAGAGUCUAGUAGCACAGACAGUGCGAAAGCCGUAUUCUUCGUCUGGCCAAAUGGCUCGCCUUUUGUAUAUUCGUCGCUAGCAACGCUCACCGGCCAGGUCGUCGGAGAUGAGGGGCGGCAUCUGAGGGACAUCGUGCAACAAGCAAUACCGAAAGCCUUCUCGAGACCUUCUGCGCGUUACCAGUUGACAAGCACAAACUUCACUACCAAGUCACUCGAUGCGCUGCUCACGUAUCGCGGUCCCGGCAAGAGCAAUGCAGCAGCAGGUGGUUGGAGCAUCUUUCAGGAUCAUAGUUUCAGCCAGAAUGCGCUAGAUUUCAUUACCACACAAAAAGGCGACGGACAAGAGAAGAGUGCAGGCGAAAAAGCCAGUGCCGCCGGUGGACCCAAGACUGGGCCAGGCAGGCCUAAGCGACCACUGGACGACAAAGAGUCUUCAGAGGCCAAACGUAGAAAAGAGAUAGCCGCUGGCCGGUUCGGUAGCUCGGCGCAGCCCGACGAUGGUCAAGGCCUUGAACGAGUCGAAGUUCGCAUUGAUGACCCAUUCCCGUCUCCCGUCAAUGGCAGCACUGCGACGCAAGUAGACGGUGAUACAUCGAACCUCGAUGCCCAGACUUCUCACCAGGCACGACGUGGCCGUCCUUCCCUUCUCGAUAGAACCGCGGAAGAUAUUGAGGAAAUACGAAGCGAAGAAGGCUGGGUACCGAAUGUGCGAGUCGCUUUUCAAGGAACGCAUGUUUUCGCUGGCAUCAGACAACUGGUUGAAGAGGGUAUUGUAGAUGGUGAGAAGAUGCCAGGUUGGAUGACUGGCGAAGCAGGUGUCACAAUAGGCUCGGUCAAGGACGGGCGCAUUCGGAGCAAGGGAGGUGUCCCAGGUGUAUGA